UUGGGCAGAUACCUGGCAGUGAAAUAGUUGCAUCAUAUGUUAUGCCUUCUCAGAAUGCUGUACUUUCCCAGGAAGAAAACAUGAAAGUGAAGGAAAUGAAUGAUGAAUCACAGAUAUUAAAGUCCCAGGAAUCAUUGACAUUCCAGGAUGUGGCUGUGGACUUCACCAGGGAAGAGUGGGACCAGCUGUACCCUGCUCAGAAGAACCUCUAUCGAGAUGUGAUGCUGGAGAACUAUAGAAAUUUGGUUGCAUUGGGGCACCAACUUUAUAAGCCAGAGGUGAUCACUCAGUUGGAACAAGAGGAGCAGUGGAUGAUGAAAAGGAGCAGCUCGCUGGACUCUCACCCAGAUGGGGAGAAUAAACCCAAAAUUAAAAAAUCAACUCUAGACCAGGACAUUUCUGAUGAAAAUCAAACCCAUGACAUAAUCAUGGAGAGACUAACAAGUGACAGCUUCUGGUAUCCCGUUCUAGGAGGUCUGUGGGACUUUGAUUGCCAGUUAGAUUUUAACCAAGAAUCCCAGCAGAGACAUUUAGGACAUGGAUCUUUCACCCACAAAAAUAUCACAAAGGAAAGAAGUCUUGAAUGUAAUAGAUUUGGGGAAAACUAUAAUCUGAACUCAAGCCUUACCAUGCAUCAGAGAAUUCCUUCGAUUAAAUUACCCUUUAAUUCUGAUACACAAGGAAAUAACAUCAAACAUAAUUCAGACAUGAUUUGCUACCAGGGAAACUACGUAAGACAGGACCCUUAUGAAUAUAAUGAAUGUGAAAGAAUCUUCAAUCAACACAUUCAUGCUAAAGAGAAAUCCAGUGAAUAUGGGAAAGCCUUCAGCCACAAUUCAUCUCUUACUCAACCUCAGAUAGUCCUUACUGGAGAGAAGCCCUAUAAGUGUGAUGAAUGUGGGAAAAGAUUCAGCCAGAGGAUACAUCUUAUUCAACAUCAGAGAAUCCAUACAGGAGAAAAACCUUUUAUAUGCAAUGAAUGUGGAAAAGCCUUCCGUCAACAUUCAUCCUUUACUCAACAUCUGAGAAUUCAUACUGGAGAGAAACCCUAUAAAUGUAAUCAAUGUGGUAAAGCCUUCAGCCGUAUCACAUCACUUACUGAACAUCAUAGACUUCAUACUGGAGAGAAACCUUAUGAAUGUAGUUUUUGUGGGAAGGCCUUCACUCAGAGAACACAUCUUAAUCAGCAUGAGAGAACUCAUACAGGAGAGAAACCUUAUAAGUGUAAUGAAUGUGACAAAGCUUUUAGCCAGAGUGCACACCUUAAUCAACACAGAAAAAUACAUAUUCGGGAGAAAUUAUGUGAAUAUAAUAAAUGUGGAAAAACCUUAAGCCACAAUCCUUCACUUACUCAGCAGCACAUAGCUCAUAGGGGGAAAAUCAUGAAUUUAUAAGUGUAGGAAAUUUUUGGUCAGACCUUUUCAUACCAUUCAAUAAUUUAUCACAACAGAGAACGAUUAUAAGUUUAUAAUGCAUAGCGACCAAACAAAUUUAGACCUGAAAUUAGUAGCAAAUACUAUUCCCAGAAGUGGUUAUAAACAGUAAAAAUAAUUUAUUUUAUAAGCAAGAUUAUAUUGGAGUCAGGUUCUAAAUCUUCUAUGAAACUUUUUUUAAUUAUCAGAAGUCCAGUAGGCAAUAAUUGAUAUAAUUAUUUGCCUGUAAGUUUUAUGAUACAAAGUUUUAAAAUUAUAUAUCAAGGCAAUGAUAUAACUAGUGACAUAGAAUUGAACUAGCCAGCAGAGAGCUAUAUUUCUCCAACCUGAGUCAUUUGUGUGCUUCCUUUACAGUUUUUACCAUCCCUAGUAUUUAUCUAAAAUUUUUCUUUAAAUCAACUCAGACUUUUAAGCCAUGCCCUAGGAAAUAUUACUGAAAUUAUGAGUUUUGUAUGCUAAUUCUACUUGCUGUUUCCCAUCAAAUUAAAUAUAUACCUUAGAAAUGAAAAACAUUGUGUGUAUUGGUAUACUGCCUACAAUCUUGUGUACUACUAUUUAAGAUAUAAUGGUAUAGCACAGUGACAAUAAUAAUAUAUUUUUAUUCUGUUAGUGAUUUUGCAUUACUUUUGUCAUAGGAGUCCUAGGAUCACUUAAAAAAACAUCUCAGGCAAGAGUGAGUGUCUUAUUGUUCAACUUUGACAGACUGAUUCAGAGUACCCCAUUUUUCUUUAUUCUAAUUUCUCAUUUACCUAUAGCAAACAGAUUUUUUUACUUAAAUUGUUGUUUCUGCUAUGUUUUCAGAAAAGAGUUUUGUUUUAAUAAUGAUCAGAGGUUAAGAGCCCAUAUGUCACCUUGUACCCCUGAGGACUGUAGCAGAGGGUGAGCUGUGGUACCGUGCUGAGGCUAAGAACAGGGGAGAAUCUCACUGACUAUAAACAACUGUAAAAGCAUUGCUAAUUGUCCUAAUUCAAGGUACGUGUUAAAAUAUAUGUAUGUUAUGGCCCUCCCUGGUGGCGCAGCGGG